AUGGAAUUCUCACAAGAAGUAAGUUUGAAAAAAAAAAAAUUUCAAAUUAAAAAAAAUUUUUUUUUUUGAAAAUUCUACUGUAGUCUUGGUUUUCUAGGCCAAGCUCCAACUUUUUUUCAAAAAAAAAACUUUCAAAUUAAAAAAAAAAUUUUUUUUUGAAAAGUCUACUGUAGUCUUGGUUUUCUAGGCCAAGCUUCAACUUUUUUUCAAAUAAAAAUAAAUAAAAAUAAUCCAAAGUUAAUCCUUCUAUUGAAUUUUAAAAGAAUCUAUGUAGCUAUAGAUCUUCUAGAACUCCAAAUCCAAAUCCAAAAUUUUUUUUCCAGGUGAUCUCAAUUCUAGUCAUUGUAAUUGUCUGCUCAGUUUUGUCGCUUUUCUGCGUGUUUUUGUGGUUUUGUCGAUGUCGGAAGGAUCAGAUUCGGGCGGCUGAGGAGAAACAUGAUCGAGCUGUUCAGAUGCAACAUUUUGAGGAUCAGGAGUAAGUUUUCUAGGAGCCAAGCCUUGAAAACUAGGUUCUCUAGGAGCUGAGCCUUGAAAACUAGGUUCUCUAGGAGCUGAGCCUUGAAAACAGGGUUUUCUAGGAGCUGAGCCUUGAAAACCAGGUUCUCUAGGAGCUGAGCCUUGAGAACCUGGCUCUCUAGAAGCUGAGCCUUGAAAACUAGGUUUUCUAGGAGCUGAGCCUUGAAAACAGAGCUCUCUAGGAGCUACGCCUUGAAAACUAGGUUCUCUAGGAGCUGAGCCUUGAAAAUUAGGUUCUCUAGGAGCUGAGCCUUGAAAACAGGGUUCACUAGGAGCUAAGCCUGGGCUCUCUAGACCUCAAAAAUCUCAAAAAUCACAAAAUUAGUCAUCAAAAUCAAAUAAAAGAUCAAAAAUCAGAUUAUCUCAAGUCAUAUCUCAUAUUUUUCUCCAGAAAAGCGAAAAAAACCGAAACCGCCACACUGCGAGUUGCCUCAACUCUCGAAGCCGAUCGUUCCACACAAAAUCUACAAAGUCAUCGAAGUGUCGAAGAAUCGAAUGAGACAAUCGGACAAUUUGAGACAAGAACAAAUCUGAAAACACAACCAGAAAUGAUUCGAAAUGUGGGUUUUGUAGGUUCUCUUUGAAAAAAAAAAGAAAAAAACUUGUGCGCCGGGUGGGGGUCGAACCCGGGUGUUGCGAAAGAUCGGCAGGCGUGCUAACCACUCGGCCACCCAGCCAUUUUUUCUUGCAUAAGAAAUUGUGAUAUUUAAAAGGCGCAUGAAAAUUUUUUCAGAAACGUUUGGACACAAUUUCUGAAAUGGCAAUUUCCAACGAAAGUUUGCAACGAAAUGAUUCAAAGGUAUAUUUUACCUUAAAAAAAUUUUUGGAUAAAAAUUUUCCAGACAAAUGUGUUCACGGUGGACAGUUUGCCGAAAGCUUCAAUGCUAGAAGUUGAUUUAAAUCCGGGUCUUGAUAAUUCGAUUAAUUUGGAGAAAAUUUGA